UUCUCUCGCAGCCGCCGCGACGGGCGGGGCGGGGAGCCUUCGCGGGUGCGGCGAGACGGGAGGAGUGGCGGCGCGCCUGUCCUGUGGAUCCGCUCUGACGUUGAUAGGCCUCUGGCUCUGCCACGACGGGAGGAGCUGAGACUCUGGUCGCCCCAGGCUGGGAGGAGGACGCAAGAAAAGCGGCGGGCGAACUCUGGGGUUUCGCAGAACAAUUCCGUAUGUAAAUGCCAAGCAGAGGACGGGGGAAGUGCGGCAAGAAGAUGGCCUUGGUUCCCUAUGACAGCAUUGCUCUUUGGGGAAUGCAAAAGCUGCAUAAAUCUUCCUCUGCAUACACUUUUGCCAACCGAACUAUCCAGAUUAAACAGAACUGGAACCAGCUGGGCGUAGCUGCCGUGGUAUGGGAUGCGGCCGUGGUUUUGUGCACUUUUUUAGAGAUGAGAGGCAUUGAUCUGCAAGGAAGUCUGGUGAUUGAAUUAGGAGCUGGAACAGGCCUGCUGGGAAUUGUAGCCACCUUGCUCGGUGCUCAUGUUACAAUUACAGACAGGAAGGCUGCCUUGCCAUUACUUGAGGCAAAUGUACAAGCUAAUCUACCUGCUGAGCUCCAGCCAAGAGCAGUAGUCAAGGAACUGACUUGGGGACAAGAUUUGGCAAACUUCUCUCCAGGAGGGUAUGACUUCAUCUUAGGUGCAGACAUUAUUUAUCUAGAAGAAACAUUUAUGGAUCUUCUUCAAACACUGGACCAUCUGUGCUCUGACCAGACUGUAAUCCUGCUAUCCUGUCGUCUCCGCUAUGAGCGGGAUCAGAACUUCCUGGAGAUGCUGAGGGGACGUUUUUCAGUCCGGGAGGUGUUCUACGAUGCUAGUAAUGAUGUGCAUAUCUUCAAAGCACAGCAGAAGGUCCAGUAUGGAGAUUUGUGACUGGUUUCAUUGUGAAUUCUUCUCAGCUCAUAUCUCCCUUCACCCUAUCCCUUGGUAUAUCUAGACCAAAGAACUUCCCUUAAUCAUUCCAGCAGGCCAAAAAUUUACUUAUUUUAAUCAUUCUGAUAACCCAAAUUAUAAAUGGCCCAGAAGAAUAACUAUUAAGGAAAUCACAGCUAGAGCUGGACUUGGAGAAACACAAGAUAUUUUGGCACCAUGUAAGUGAAAAAUCCAGUUAGAUUCUGAAUACCAGUGUUUUACUUCUGUUUUCCACUGGUGUCGAAUGCAAAAUACUGUUAGAAGGAUGGGCUCUGAGGACUACCAUCUUUUCAGUGGAACAGCAAAUGAAAGUUACUUGCUGACUGGAAAGAGAUUGUGCCAGCUGCAAAGGAAAUAAUUGAUUAGAUUAUGUACAGCAUCUGUUUGCUUCUUUGGAGGCAGUGAAUUUGUUGGUCAGUUUUCUAAUAGGCUGACUGAUGCAAUAAUGAAAGAACCCUUGCAUUGUUGACAGUGAAGGAGAAAGCAACAGCUCUUGAUGUAGCCCUAGUCAAGGUCAAGGAUUGGUUAAUAGAAUAAUGAUAGCUGAGCUACUAGGAAGCAGUAAACCUAGCAUACUUAAACUAGGGCGGGGGGAGGGGUUGCCAGGGAUUGGUAAGAAGCAACAAUACAAAUGUGAUUCUGAUGUAAGUAGUGAAAUUCUGCUUCUCUACCCUGGUGCCCUCAGGAUGUGUUGGUCUACAGCUUUCACCAUUCCUAACUUACCACUGUUGCCAAUAGAGCAGGGAUGAUGGGUGUUGAGGGGCACAAGAUUGGGUUGACUGAUACCACAGGUGUGACAUCUGCUAUAUUCAAGUGAUGGCCAAAACACAUGUAUGUGAUGCAGAAGGCCUACACAAAAAAUGGGGGAAUGUUUGGAAGACUAGUGCAGGAAGGAGUUGUUGGAAGUUCCCUUGUGUUAGAGACAUAGGAUAGAAUGGGAAGGCAUUGGCUUUAAUUCAUUCUUUGCAACCUUUCUCUGUGUCUGGCUCAGAUUGUGAGGCUUCAGAACACUAUUUGUUCAGUGGCAUUAUGUAUCCUACAGGUUUGGACAUAGGGUGGGAUGGAAAGGGAAAAAUGGUUAAUUCUGCUAUGUGGGCAAAUACUUUGCAAUGUCCUACUUGGAUAUUUUUUGUCCACUUAAUGGGGGCAUGUAUAGCCAUAGAAGGUGAUAAUGAAUGUAUUUUGAAAUUUUUUGCAAAGAUUUCAGGUGCUGUGACCAGAAUUUCUAGAUGAUAAAUUGUGAAAAGGAAACCUGUAUAAAAUUUCUAAGUUUGUACUGCAUUUCUUUUUGGAAUGUUGGCAAAAGGGGAAAGUUAGGGUCUCUUGAGUUAUCCCUGGAGAAAUGAAAAGGUUAGGUCCUCUCAAGUACUGAGGAAUAAAUAUUAGGUUAAGAAUCAUGGAUGUUAAGAUCCAGAAAAUGUGGAGGAUACUCAGUUGUGAACUUACCUAAUCAUAUUGGGCAAAUUAAAGUUGCAAACUUAUGACUGACUGACUUGGAGGAAACAUUGAUUGAACUCAGUGGAACUUACUUUUGAAUAAGCAUCUGUAAGAUGGCUUUUAAAGUUUUGCUUCUUGUUCAGUACUUGGAAAGGGCCUGAUUGUGCCUGGGACACUCAUUUUACUGUACCCUUAAACCAGUUUCAUUCACACAGACCAACUUGACUGAUCCUAACAGGGCCAGUGGAGCAGGAAUUCAGUUCAAUUAUGUAUGAGAAGCCUGUUGGGAACGUGCAGGCAGGCCUCUUCCUCUUCCUCUUCUUCCUCUUCCUCAGGAGAGAUGACCCAACCAGUUAUGCAUGCUUUAGAAACAUUGUGGCUUGACUGCUAUAAUGCAUGAUAUGUGAGGUGGCCUUUGAAAAACAGUUGGAAACUUCAGGUGGUGCAGAUCACUCACCAUUGGGAACAUGUGAAAAGUUCUUAUUUCAUUUGCACCCUGCCUUAUGCCAAAAAAGGCAUGUAAAGGAUUCAGUGGUUCAAUUCGAACUCCAUUCAAAGUGCUGUUAAAACCCUAAGGGUACCAUUCUGUGCACCCUUAGAUGGAAAAAAAUGCUACAACUUCCAGAAUUUACCCACUUCCAUGGCUGGCUGAGGGAUUUGAGGAAUUGUACUUCUGAUGAAACUUGUGCAGGAUUAUGCCCUAGACAGCUAAGGACCACCUUCUUCAACAUGAAUCUGCUAUCUUCCUUUGAGGCUCUUCCAGAUGUACUUUCUUCUUUUGAGGAUAGGCAGAAAUACUAGAGGGCCCUUUAUAUAGUCCUUUGUAGGCUUACUAGAGGGGGUUUCAUAGAAAUACAAUAGGGCCAAGGUAGCCUAGGGUAGGCCUGGUAAGUAGCUUUUCCUGGUGCCAUUGGUUACCUUGGAGGGGCCAGGUAUUUAAUCAUAGUGGUAUUUGAGGCUCUUCUAAUUAUUUUAGCUGUUCCUUGAUUCUACUGGUUGCUGUACUGUUGCUUUUUAAAUCUGUGCUUUAUAUUUUUGGGGCAGCUUGAUGUUUUAUUUCUCUCAUAAGCUGCCAGGAAACCAUUUGUGAUAAAAGGCGGGAUACUAGUUCUGUUAAUACUGUUAGUAAGAACUUUGGUGUCUUGAGUCUCGAUGUAAUAAAGUCAAAUUUUACAGCUUUAUACAGUAAAGGAAGAACAUUUUACUUUGUACAGAAAAUAGAUCAUAAAAUAGGCUUAUAACAAAUUACCUGUUUAUAUUUGCAUUUUUUCCUGAGAAAAAACAAAUAGAAAUUUAGUAACUUUUGCAACCAGGGCAAUAAACAUUACAUCAUACCUCUCUUCCCCUUGCUAAAA